CGUCACCAGCUUCCGCUCAAAAACAACAAUGGCUGACACGUUGGGUUUCUGUGUUUAUUGACCCUUUUCCUCCGUGUCUCCUCCGUGUCUCCCCGGUGUCUCCUCCUCCGUGUCUCCUCCCUGUCCCCCCGGUGGUCCAUGGCUCCGUCCCUCCUCCCCUGCUGCCUCUGGGUGACUCUGCCGCUGCUCGGGCAGCUUCUGGCCGCGGAGCUCCUCGCCCAGGUGGAGGUUUUCCUGGAGCAGCGGCCCGGGGUCAGCUCGGUGCUCCGUGGGGAGGAUGAGGUUUUCCUGGAGCAGCGGCCCGGGGUCAGCUCGGUGCUCCGGGGGGAGGAUGAGGUUUUCCUGGAGCAGCGGCCCGGGGUCAGCGCGGUGCUCCGGGGGGAGGUGGUGGAGCCGAGCGGCGGCGGCAGGAGCUCCGAGCCCCGGGAGGAGCUGGACGCGGAGCUGCUCCUGGUUCAAGAUGAGGAGGCUCAGCUGAGCGGAGGGAAAGCGGAGGAAGACGCCGGCGAGCAGGAGCCGUGGAUCGGGGUGGUGCCCGUGGAGAUGGACGACAGCAAAGCCUCCACUGGGAACCAGGAGUCCUUCGCUGAUGGGUUGGUGAACAAAAUGAAGCGGGCGUUGGUCCUCGGAGCUUCAGCGCUGAUCAUCCUGGCUCUGAACCAGAAGACCGUCAGUGAGAUGGAUCUUUCUCAGGUUCUGUCGAAGCCCAUCAUCGUGAUCCAGACGUCUGAAAACGUCACUAAGCUGAUCGGAGCUCUGCUCAGGGGCCUUCAGGCGACGGCGAAAAUCACGUACAAGACGAUCCUGCAGGACAACCUGGGCGCCACGCUCACGCUGUGGUCCAGCUGCGGGCGGUCGAGAGGCGGGCGCUACGGAGAGUGGCAGGGGGUCAUCUGCACGGGAGAGACCAACUCGCAGGUCCAGAAAUACCUUCAGCAGCUGUGGGACACUGUCCUCCUGGUGGCGCUGAUCCUCAGCACCGGAGUCAUCGUCCACGCCCGCUGGCAAUACCGGGACCCCCAGCUCAACGACGACCUGGAGCUGUUUCCCAAACAGGACGUUCUGAAGAGGAUGUCGUCUCUGAAGACCAAAACGUACCGGCAGCCCAAACCCUGGUGUGACCCGUCGCAGCCGCUGGAGACGGACAACUGCGCCGUCUGUCUGGAGCCGUUCAACAACAACCAGUGUCUGCGUGUGUUGCCGUGUUCCCACGAGUACCACAGAGAGUGUGUGGAUCCCUGGCUGCUGCUGCAACACACGUGUCCUCUGUGCAAACGCAGCAUCCUCAGCAGCGUCUGCAAAGACAGUUAACGGUGGCCUCACUUCCACCCGCAUCGCCACAGCAGCAGGGAAUCGACCCCACGACCUCGGUGACUCACCUGUAGCUGGUUUUUUUUUUUAACUGACCUCGCAGCUUCCUCCUUCCAGCAAUGAAUUGUGGGAACAAAUCCUCACGGCAGCUGCCUGGCUGAUGGGACCGUGGAGCCGCGGAUCACAGACAAACAGUGGAAGUAUUAACACAAUACUAUGAAGUACUGUAGAACAGGGCUGGGCUAUUAACUGGAAAUGUUAUUUAUAACCUCUAACUGACAUGAAGUAAACGUUCAUUGUUCCUAAUGGAGGGAAAAGUUUGAAGUAAUCGUGAAACUGAUUUGAAGUCACACCGCCCAGUCCCACUGUAGAAGAACUGUUGUGUAAGAACAGUUCUUCUCACUGAGAUCAUGUUACUGUACAACUGUGGAAAUAUUAGUUUGACACAAACACAAAACAUCGUCUGAGACACAAAACAUUUUCCUCUUUCCCCCGUUAGCGCUGAUGAGCGAGUUUUCACGAGAAGGUUUGUGCCUGGACUUCAAUAACCAACUUAACCAAGUGGACUAACGGAUUUAAAGAGUAACUGACGCCCUCUAGUGGCCAAACCUAUUUAAUUUAGAUAUGAGUGGUAGCGGUUCUGUUGUCGUCGUGCAGAAUUAACAGUCGAUAGCAGACGUGAGAAAGUGUUUGCACUCGUCCGUCCGUGAUUUGCCUUAUUGCACAAACACACCUCCUGACCUGUUAGAAUCUUGAUGUUUGUUCCAUCAGCUCGUUCAGCUGCGUCAGUCGGUGGAGACGUAGAACACGUAGUUUAACUCCGAUGCUUCUUCAACCUCUUUGUGUUAUGUUUAUGUCAAACUUCAUCUCGACCAGAGCCCGACAAAUAUGAACCUUUACAGACACGUUGGUGUUGGUUUUCUGACAUGAAAACUUGUUACAGAAAUGUGAAUUUGUUUUGUUCCCUAAUUCAAGUUCCAUCUUUUGUAGAAUUUUAGUUUUCUUUGUAUUUAUAGUUAUUUAUGUUUACGUCUUUUAACCCUCAGUUACAGUUCUUUGUGUUUGAUAACAUCUUAGAAAUCAUUGCCAAUUAUUUUAAAUAUAUAUAUAUAUAUUUACUUUUCAUCCUUAAUAUCGCCAUCAGCCCCGAAAAUAUUAUUUUUUGGGCUCUAAUUUUAACUUUAAACAACAUCUGUGCUACGGCAGAGUAACUAACACUCUGUGUAAAGAAAAGCCUGAAGUCAGAUUUUAUUUUCCAUUUACAAAUGAAACAAGCAAAUGUUUAACUAUUGGAAGAUUUAUGGAAACUAUUUAUUCACAACUUUGCAGCUCAACAUAAUCGUUUACUUGCCAAAGGUGAUUGAAGGAUGAAGAUAAAUCACUGAUGAUAAUUUCAGGCCAAACUGCAUCAACCCCUUCACGUUCUCACGUUUUUCUGCUAAAAGCAAAAACUCAAAUCCACCAGAAUGUUUCUCCUUCUCAUGAAAGACGAGUCAAAGUCCGAAGAUGUUGAAAACAUAUUAUCGUAUUUAUUUUGUUAUUUUUGCGACGUCAACUCCAAAAAGCAAAUAACAUGUGCUUUCUUUGUUAGAAAAUGCAAACCGAUAGAUCCGUUCUCGUGGUAGAAAAUAGUCUGUGCAUGGCGGCGUGCCAGGGGGCGCCACUGAGCAGCGCGUGCUUCCAAACACAGCAGCAUCGUGACCGGGCGCUCGUAGAGACGUGUUGUUGGUUGAAGGUUGGACACCAGGGACACUCGAUGUCCAGACUUUAAUCACCAGGUCAGUGAUUGUUCUUCCAGCUACAGACACGACUUGAGUCUGUAAAACCCUGAACGUCUCG